AGAUUAUUGGUUUGGAACCAUACUUUUCCAGAGGCAUUCAGACAUUUAGUGGCAGGAUAGUUGAUAGCGAGGAUGUACCAUCUGGAAAUAGGGAUUAUCACACUUAUUAUUUUUCUGACUGUUGCUGAUGGCGCGUAUUCUGCUGCUAUGGAAACGGAAAUCCGGAACCAGACAGUGUACAGUUCCGGCUAUGACCCAAUAUCUCGCCCGGCGGAAGUGACGCACGUGAAAAUAGGGCUUAACGUGCUGGCUAUUGAUGAAUUGGACAUAAAAGGCCAAAAGUUAUCUGUAGCGGGCUGGCUUACACUGGAGUGGCAAGAUGACCGAUUGCAAUGGAACAAGACGGAAAAGAACGACAUUGAGUAUAUGUUUACAAAACCAAACGACAUCUGGAAACCCGAGCUCAUUGUUGACAACUCGCUACGUGACCUCGGAGCUCUUCAAGGCGGGUCCUUAAUGUUACGGGUGUCACACACGGGCCACGUUGAGUGGACCCUUCCCCAGAUCCUUACCACGUCCUGCCAGGUCGACAUCACGUAUUAUCCGUACGAUGAGCAGAAAUGCGCCAUCGAGAUUGUGAGUUGGGGGUUCCGGAUAGAUGAACUGAGUCUGGACCAUCUCUUCGAGGAAGUGAACCUCGAGGACUUUGUGUGUGUACCUGGGCGUUUCAUGGUGAUGGCAGCAUUCGGUGUGUUUCUCACCGUAUUAAUUUUGCUAAUUCAUCAUCGUCCGGGGAAUCCAGGUUCUUCGUGCGUGCUCGUCAAGAUAACCAGGAUUUGUGCGAGGGUUCUGUGUAUGGAAUUCCCGAGAGGAGACGAACAGGAGGACGCCCAAAGCAACAUGGUUUCGCCUUUAAAGGACACCAAAGAAGCGAACGGUGGAAGCCGAGUCAACAUUACCCAGACUCGUGAAACAAGUCAAAUAAGCAGCAUUGAUGUCGAAGUGACUUGGGUGCGAAUGGCGGAAAUUCUGGAUAGGACUAUAUUCAUUCUUUUCCUGACGCUUACCCUUCUCAUCAACAUUAUCUUCGUGGCGGUGCUCGCCUACUCCAGCGGGUAAUCUAUCAACAUUAUCUUCGUGGGUUAUUAAGCAUCAACACUGUAUUUGUGCUGAUUAUUGGAGGUGCCAAUGUUUAUGUACCGGAACUCGAAGGAAAUAGUUAUUAGCAAUAUUAAGCACGCACGAGGUUUUUUCGCCAGUGGGAGAGUUACUCGCGUUAUUGCGAAUGCUACUUGUAAUUAAAUGUAAUGAAUUUGUAUGUUUCUCAAUUAUUCGUUUUUAAACAUACAGAUUAAUAUCUAUUCAUUUCAAAAAGCUAUUUUGUUAUGUUGCAUGACGAGUGAACUAUCAAACAAGAAGAUGGAAAUUAAAUAUAAGGUAUCAGUAUUACCGAGGAAGUGGUAGUAAGAAUGCACUUGGAAAUCCGCUCGUCCAUCCUUUUUUUUUUCUCAUUUAUUUUUUGCAUAGCAUUCAUUUUAACAAACAGAUCAAGAACAAGAUUCAUACAAAAACAAAAUUCUAUGCAUUUUCUAUAUGCGCAUACGCACAC